CGCAGCGUUGCCAGUGGCAUCGAGAAUCGCGGGCUCCGUUUAAUCGCACGACCAACCUGCUUUCUCCUCCGCUUCGAUCUUUCGUCCCUCGUUCGUCUUCGAUUCUUUAUCUUCGGCCUGCCGCCUUCUCACACCCACGUUGUCUUCUUUCACAAAGGCCUUAGAUGAAACGGAUACGGAUACACCAGCUGCGCGGGCAGUCGCUGCUCACGCGCCAUCGACGGACCUCGCCUUGUCCAUUCGCUCAGAACCCGCACAACUCGCCUAAUCGCCCAUCGAGCACGCAGGCGUCGCAGUUCUCAUCAACACCUUUCAAUCUGUAUGCUUCGCCUUCGAAUCCUCCGCCUCCUCCCGGCACGCGAUUAGAAGAUAUACCAUCACCGCUAGUCAACGCCUCCCUGAGCUCGGCCAAGCUCGCAGCGUUGCACGCCCGUCUGGCGUUGCCACAAAGGUUCCCAUUGCAGACUCUUGCACGGACGCUCGUGGAUCGAACGGCGGAUCGAGAUGCCAGAUUCAAUAACAGCGCGUUGGCCACGCUGGGCAGCGACGUGAUGGGGUACUACAUGAGCGAGCAUCUUAUAUGCCAUUACCCGCGUCUGCCAAUGGAUGUCCUGUUCGCAGCUCAGGAGGCUUACGUUGGACCAAAGGCAUUGAUGACUAUUGCAAAGGAAUGGGGCGUCGAAGAGGCGGCCGAGCCGGGCGGAGAAGUCGACCCAGGUCUGCUGCAAUUCAGACUGACACCGAAGGGCGGAGCGAAUGCGCUUGAGUCGUCGCAGCAACCGGCAGAGGAACCGCAGGAUGGAUCAGGGAGGGCGAACCAGGAGCUUGCGCGGUCAAUGGGCUGGCGUCGAGGCAUGUCUUCGCGCAUCGUGUACGAUGACCAGUUUGGCAUGGAGCGCCGUCCAGAACCUUCCGCGUCGUCCGGCCACAUACCCACCAUCUCUAGGGACGAAGCACACGCACAGUUUGUUCGCGCCCUCGUAGGCGCCAUCCACCUGCACACGGGCCGUGCGGCUGCGAAGAAGUUUUUCCAGGACCACUUCCUCUCCCGUGUGCUCAAUUUAUCACAACUCUUCGACUUCCGAUAUCCUACCCGUGACUUGUCGCGUCUCUGUCUUCGCGAGGGCUUCGAGCCUCCCGUGGCACGCUUGAUCAGCGAGACUGGUCGACACAGUGCCCAUCCUGUCUUCGUAGUUGGCGUCUACUCCGGAAGGGACAAGCUUGGCGAAGCCGUCGGCGGAAGCUUGGUUGAGGCGAAGAACAGGGCGGCCGCGGCAGCUCUGAAAGGCUGGUACCUGUACUCUCCCACCGAGGUGACGGUGCCGAGCGAGACGGAGGACGGGACCGGCAAGGAGUGGAGGCCGAACAUGAUUGAUAUUGGGGAGAUCAUCACAUAGCCCCUUACUUACCAACCCUUCGAACCGCGUACACGACACGGAUGUAGCGUGGAAACAACGAUCACGUUUUGCGAGGAGAAGAAACGCGGUGGUUUACCAACAGGAAGGCUUAGGCGAGCAUCUGCAUCAUCACGGCGCAAACACGCAACGUGUACAGCGAGCAUCAUUUUUCCAAAAGGGGAGGCUGGACAUCUCUGGCAGUUCUGUUGUCUUGAAUGUGUCUAGAUUUCUGUACAAAAGAUUUUCCAAGGCCGCCCCCUUUUUUCUCCCAGCUCUUAACACUGUAUCUAACAAAACAGCCUGCCUUACAGCGAGAGGGCUAAAAUCAGGGAAGACGAGGAUGUAUCAUAGAACAUUUGUACGUAUCAAUACUGCACAGAGUCAAAAUCAACGACUUUGGCUUGUGUUCUCCCACGUCCACCCGAAGUCCAACCACAUCUACGCUGCCUGACUUUUCGACAAAGCCAUACUGUGUACCGUUGGUUCGUCAUCCGCCCAUCCGUUCCAG